AAAAAAAAAAAAAAAGAAAAAGAAAAAGGACAGAGUGUCUGCGGGAACCUACAUCGGCAUGCCUGGCGCUGGCCGUGUUGUAUGGCUGCCCGCGCAGCAAAACGCACAGCUCCGCCUCUGUUCUGACGGAAAUCGACCCUUGCAGAAAUCAGUGGGCUUUCCGAGGAGUCGAAAUGCGGCCAAGGCAGCGCUCGCGAAUCACUCGCUAUCAAGUUAUCAGAUUCAGGUACGGCGAAUCACCAGCUGAUCGCCGCCAGAUUCAGCAGGGCACCUUCGAUUGGGCUCGCCAUCGGGUGCGCGAGCGAACGAAAAGGCCGUGUGCGUGUUGCAGCACCAGCUUCAGGAGCUUCAUCGACGCGCACGAUCCCGCAGCAUUUCGCGAGAGGGAGUGGGAGAGCAGCGGUUCUGCUCUGGUCCUUCUCCCCAGCAGCUGGCGAAAGACAGGGAGAGCGAGGACAAGGAGCGAGCGCGAAAGCAACGUGACUGGAACAGAAGCAAAUCGCAAGGAGACCUGCGAAGCUGGAGCAGCGGCUGGCUCCAGACGGCCGCGCUGUGCGUCGCUCCAGCUCGCACACGCUACACGGCGCGUCCACUCGGCCACCAGCGCUCGCUCGCUCGCUCUCUCCUACUGCCCUGUCCGCGCACGUCGUGCCGCACACCGCCAACAACAACAACAACAACGACAUCGCGACCAUGACCAUCACGAUGACCACCACCACAAUCGACAGAAGGAAAAGCCGCAGAGCCUCUGGCAACGACGGAGACCCACGCCCAUCUGCCGACCCUUGCAAAAAGGUACCGUCCCCUCGGCUGAGACCCUGAGCCCACGGAAGCCAGAGCCUAGCCUGGAGCUUGGACGGGCUCAGGUCGAAAAAUUGUUUGCCAAAGGCCGGAAGGCGGACAGCAAGCGCAUAAUACAGCGGCCUGCUCCAUAUAAGCGCAUUCCACGCCGAGUACCUGUGCAGUGUCCCAACAAAAAUUUCACCGCCAGCCUUUCCCCACCCCCCCCUAAUUCUUUUAAUCGAGUCGUCGACGAAAUUCAAAGCCCGCAAGACCUGACUUCUGCCCAGGACUUGACACCAAUCUACAAUGUCGACCACCACCGCUCUGCCACAUGGCAUCAGGCCUUCCGUGAGGCGUACGGUGACCGCAGCCUCGUCGUCUGCGAGCUCAAUGGUACCCUCGCCUUCUGAUUCACCCGCUCAAUCUGCCUCCUCCACCUCGCUCUCCUCUCUGGCUUCUCUCGAUGAGCCUGCACCCUCAAAGCGUGCCGUCCUUCUCGAUACGUAUGGCAAUGAAUUCCAGAUUCCCGACUACACCAUCAAGGAUAUCCGAGAUGCCAUUCCAGCACAUUGCUUCGAGCGAUCAGGUGUUCGAGGCCUCGGCUACGUUGCAAGGGACGUUGCCUGCAUCGCCGUUACGUUCUACCUCUUCUACAAUUAUGUAACGCCAGACACGGUACCUUCAAAGCCUGUACGGGCCAUCCUUUGGGCAUUUUACACCUUUCUCCAGGGCCUUUUUGGCACCGGUCUGUGGGUGUUGGCCCAUGAGUGCGGUCACCAGUCUUUCUCUACUUCCAAGAUGCUCAACGACACUGUUGGUUGGAUUCUUCACUCCUGUUUGCUUGUUCCGUAUUUCUCGUGGAAGAUCUCGCACGGCAAGCACCACAAGGCAACGGGCCAUAUGGAGCGCGACAUGGUCUUCGUACCGAAAACUCGAGAUGCCUACGCCAGCAGUAUAGGUAAGACCAUCCACGAUCUCGAUGACCUGAUGGAGGAGACGCCAAUUCGAACUAUUCUCUUCUUCAUUGGUCAGCAGCUUGUUGGUUGGCCACAGUAUCUGCUCACAAACGUAACCGGCCACAAUGCGCACGAAAGGCAGCCCGAGGGUAAAGGUGUUGGAAAGCGGAACGGUUGGUUCGGCGGUGUCAAUCACUUCCUUCCGUCGAGCCCACUGUACGAGCGCAAAGACGAACACUUGAUCCUUUUGAGUGACCUCGGUCUGGCCAUAGUAGGUUUGGUGCUUUUUUGCCUUGGCAAUCGCUUCGGCUGGUACAAUAUGAUUGUGUGGUACUUCGCACCAUAUCUCUGGGUGAAUCAUUGGCUCGUGGCGAUUACAUACCUUCAACAUACGGACCCUACCCUCCCACACUACACCGCCGAGACCUGGACUUACACUCGCGGUGCAGCUGCAACAAUUGAUCGCGAAUUUGGCUUCAUCGGUCGCCAGCUCUUUCACGGCAUUAUUGAAACCCACGUCCUCCAUCACUACGUUUCAACGAUUCCCUUCUACCAUGCCGACGAGGCUUCCGAAGCCAUCAAGCCUGUGAUGGGCAGACACUACCGCAGCAACACGGAAGGAGGCGCGUGGGGCUUUCUCAAGGCGUUUUGGACUAGCGCACGCUGGUGCCACUGGGUCGAGCCAUCUGCAAAUGCAACCGGGGAGGGCAAGGGGGUUUUGUUCUUCAGGAACAGAAACGGCCUCGGCGUGCCACCUCAGAAGCUGGGAGCUUCGCGUCCAAAGAAGUCCGCCGUCGUCCUAUCAGUAGAUAGUGAUGAAGAGACCUGCUAGUUGGCGUUGACGAGUCCUUUGCUGGUUUUUGUAUCGUGAAGAAAAGAUUCUAGACCUGGAUACCCAGUGCUAUCGUUAUAACUAAAAAUCUCAAUGCAAUUUUCGCGUUAUAUGCAAAAGAAACAUGGCGUCUCAUGCCAUUGCUCUGCAUCCCAUUGUGGAGUACAUCGCCGUUUGGCUUGAACGGUCGGUGCCAUGGGCUCAGAGGUUGGCGGGUGCCAGGGUUGGAUCUUAAUUAGACCACCAAAUGCAACGAGUUUGCAUAAUGCAUAGAAGAAAUAAUGCUAUUUAUUCAUUCGAAA